AUGGCAACGAAGAAAAAAAGCACCGCUGGCUCUAAUGAAACAGGGCAUGAAUAUGGAAUUUCUAUUGAAGAACUAGAAACAUUAAUGCAAACACGAGAUGAUAAGGGUAUUAAAGAACUUAAUGAAAGAUAUGGUGGUCUUAGUGGUAUUGAACAAAAACUCAAAACAAAUUUACUAAAUGGUUUAUCUGGCGAUGAGAACGAUUUCUCAAGACGUAAAGCUGCAUUUGGUCGGAAUGAGAUUCUAUUGAGAUCACCAACAACAUUUCUUGCUCUUAUGUUUGAUGCUUUACAAGAUGUUAAAAUUAUUAAAACUAUUAUAUUUGGUAUAAUUUUACUUACUUUAUCAUUUUAUUAUCCAAGUGGAGAAACAUCUGAAGGUAAAGGAAAACCAAAGGAAAUAAAUGUUGCAUGGGUUGAAGGUAUAGGAAUUAUUAUUGUUGUACUUGUGGUUAUUCUCUUAACAACAUUUAAUCAUUGGAUAAAAGAACGACAAUUUCGUGAUCUUCAAUCAAAAAUUGAACUUGAUCAAAAAUUUGAUGUUAUUAGAAAAAGUGAAAUAAAACAAAUUCCAAUAAAAGAUAUUCUUGUUGGUGAUAUAUGUCUAAUUGAACAUGGAGAUUCAUUACCAGCUGAUGGUCUUGUUGUACAAUCAAAUAAUCUAGCAGUCGAUGAAUCAUCAUUAACUGGAGAAUCAAACUUAAUUAAAAAACAUCAAUCAGAAGAUCUAUUUCUUCUUUCAGGUACACGUAUUAUCGAAGGUAGCGGAAAAAUGUUAGUUUUGGCUGUGGGUGAACAUACUCAAAUGGGAAACAUAUUCAACUUAUUAAAUGCAGGUAUGAAUAAUCAGAAUGCAACUGAAUUCCAAGAAGUUAUACCUAAUAAUGACAAUGGAACAAAUAAUGAAGAUGAUUCUGAUCGUUUUAAAUUCGAAGAACAAUUAACUUUAUCAGCAAAAGUCCCAAAAUUGGUUAAUCAAAUAACAUAUGCAGGCAUCAGAAUUGUUAUGUUAAUUGUACUUAUUCUCUUGGUUCCAUUUCUAAUUGAAGAAUUUGUUCAACGACGUGAAUGGAAUAAGAAAUUCUGUAGUCGAAUUGUACGAUAUUUAAUCACUGGUAUAACAUUAUUGCUUGUUAGUGUACCUGAAAGUUUACCAUUAACUUUAACAAUAUCAUUAGCACAAGCAGUUAAAAAAAUGAUGAUAAAUAACAAUUUAGUUCGUCAUUUGGAUGCACUUGAAACAAUCGGCUGUGUAACAACAAUAUGUUUCGAUAAAACCGGAUUAACAACAGAUGGUAUGUCUGCUGUACAAGUCUAUGUUGGUGAACAACUUUGGCACGAAGUUGACAGUCGAGCUAAUAGAAUUAGUAUACCAGCAAAUAUAAAAGAAAUGAUAAUUGAAGGUUUAUCUGUUAAUACUGAUUAUUCAUCAGAAUCAGUAUCUUCAACAGUAAAAGAAACAUUACCAAAACAAAUUGGAAAUAAAACUGAAUGUAGUUUAUUAGAUUUUGUUGGCGCUCUUAAUGGAAGUUAUGAUGAAAUACGUAGAAAUUAUCCACAAGAAAAAUUUAUUCAUGUUUAUAGAUUUAAUUCAAUACGAAAAAGUAUGUCAACAGUUAUUCAACGACCUGAUUCAACUGUACGUAUGUAUAUAAAAGGUGCAUCAGAUAUUAUUUUAAAUAAAUGUACAACAAUAUUAAAUCAAAAUGGAGAAAUAAUACCAUUUUCAUCUAUUGAUUAUGAUAGUUUGGAAGAAACAGUUAUUGAACCAAUGGGAUCUUGCGCUUUACGUACAGUAUGUUUAGCAUAUAGAGAUUUUUCACCCUCAAAAUUACCCGAUUGGAAUGAUGAAACUAAUGUUGUGGAUCAAUUAACAUGUAUUUGUAUAUGUGGUAUUGAAAAUCCUGUACGACCGGAGGUACCUGUUCUUAUUACUAAAUGUCAAGAUGCUGGUAUAACAGUAAGAAUGAUUACUGGAGAUAAUAUUGAUACAGCUCGAUCGAUUGCAAUUAAGUCUGGAAUUAUAUCAAACGAUGAUAAUAAUUCAGUGCUUGAUGGUAAAGAAUUUAACAGAUGUAUAAGAUCAACACCAGAUGGAGAAAUUGAACAAAAUUUAUUUGAUAAAGUUUGGCCAAAUUUACGUGUAUUAGCUCGUUCAUCACCACAAGAUAAAUAUGAACUUGUCAAAGGUAUUAUGGCAUCAAAAAUCAAUCCAACACGUGAAGUUGUUGCUGUUACUGCUGAUGGAACAAAUGAUGCUCCUGUUUUGAAAAAAGCUGAUGUCGGUUUUGCUAUGGGUAUACAAGGUACUGAUGCUGCAAAAGAAGCAUCAGAUAUAAUUCUUGUUGAUGAUAAUUUGUAUUCAAUUCUCGGAUCUAUUAUGUUCAGUCGGAAUAUUUAUCAUUCAAUAGGAAAAUGUCUUCAAUUUCAAUUAACUGUUAAUGUUGUCAUUGUAUUGUUUGCUUUUAUUGGAUCACUGAUUAUAAAAAAUUCUCCAUUACGUGAUCUACAACUCUUAUGGAUUUAUUUAAGUAUAAAUAUAUGUUUAUCAUUAUCAUUUACUAUGGAAGUACCAACAGAAGAAACAUUAAAAUCUAAACCUUAUGAACGUACACAACCAUUAAUAUCUCGUAGAAUGAUGAAAAAUAUAAUUGGUCAUACUAUUUAUCAAUUAAUUGUUCUUCUUUUUAUUUUAUUAGCUGGUCCUAAAGUAUUUAAUCUUGAUGAUGGUAGUCCAGUUAAUAAUAUAUUUAAACCAUCUCAACAUUUGACAAUGAUAUUUAAUGUAUUUGUCGUAAUGAAUUUAUUUAAUGGAAUAAAUUCUCGAAAAAUUUAUGGUGAAAAGAAUAUUUUUUCUGGAAUAUUUCGAAAUCCAGUUUUUAUUAUAAUAUGGAUUGUUACAUUUAUUCUACAAAUUCUUCUUGUUCAAUAUGGUUCAUAUGUAUUUUCUUGUGUUGCAUUAACAUUUCAACAAUGGAUCUGUUGUCUUCUUUUUGGUGUUGGAGUUCUUCUAUGGAAUCAAGUGCUUAAUUUAAUCCCAUUGACACAUCAUAUACCGGAAUUGAAUGCACCGGGUGGUUAUAAACCAGCAUCACCUGUUGGCUUAAAUCGAAAAGAACAAUGA